UUUUAUGUGUCGUCGCUGGAAGCAAGCUUUUGAUCUUUGCACGAAAGGGGGAGAUGCUACGUAGUGACGUCACGUGUGACAGCCGUAUUGGUAAACGUAGGAGGACGUUACCCUGUAAGCAGUUAGCUUCUCGUGGACCAAUCGCGUCAAAGCGUCAUUAAGCGCUGGCUCCAGGAACUGCUACUUGCUCAAGUGGGUUAAAAUGCGUCUCUUUGGCGCCCUCCUUCUCCUGUUCACAGCAAAGACAGACGAAAAAGUAGACCAGAAUGUAUUACAACGAUACGUAGACAGUGGCAGAAUUAUAACGUCAACGAGAAACGGUGAGCCUGUCCUCGUCGCAUCGAUCUUCGGCGCCGACGGGAGCUUGGAGGACUGCGAAGUUCUCCAGGGGAGGCAACCCGUGGACCAGGCAUCAAAAGUACUUCCGAAAGCUGCCGUCCGUCCCGUGACUGAGGGCGAGUUGAGAAUCUCUUUGGCAGCGUGCAGUAACCUCCACGGUACUUCAGGGAGAGGUCGAAGUGCAGCCGAGAAGACGUGGGUCAUUUAUCCAGGCACAAAAUGGUGUGGUGACGGAAACGUUGCUGAGAACGACGACGACCUCGGAGAGUCUCAGGGCACGGACUCGUGUUGCAGAAACCACGACCGGGCGCCGGACAAGAUUCUCGCUAGGGCAACCAAGCACGGCAUUGUCAACAGUAGAAACUAUACGAUAAGCCAUUGCGACGAUGACUGGAAGUUCUUCAACUGUUUAAAAGACGAAGGAAGCGAGGCGUCUCGCGAAGUCGGCCACCUCUACUUCGACAUCCUUGCACCCGUGUGUUUCGCAAGGGCGCCCCCGUACGAAUGCAAGGAGUACUACACGUCGGCGCAAGGUGUAUGCCGGGAGCACUUCUUCAACCUGGAGAAACCGCUACGGUGGCAAACGUUUUGGACACCGACUUUUGCGGAGAGAGACCUCACUCAAGGAUGCCCCGAAUCAGAAGAAGGCGGCCCACCGUUACUUCCCCCAUCUCGUCCCGACCAUCAGACGGUUCAUCGUCCAGGCCGGCCGGGACCUGUAGGAGCUAGGGCGCCCGAGGGAAUUGCAACGCGUCCGACACGUGGGACGCGACGUCAUCCUGGUCUUCGACCUGAGCGCGUCCCUUCACGCCAUCCUGGCGGCCUCCGGGACCGUCCGGCCAGAAGAAGGCAUCCACCUCAAGGGCAUUCAGAUUAAGUCGUGUCAUAUUCUAUGGAGGUAAAGCGAGCGACGAAAUAAAAUUUGUUAUUUGGGA